CUUUGACUGUGACACUAAAUUUCUCAAAAAUCUGACGGGGAAUUUAUCGAUAAAUAUAGAACAUUUUCGUUAUUUAUCCGAAAAGCAAACGUAUUCUAAUAAAAGCUUCGUGUUAUUUGGUUGGUGAUCACGAUUUUAAACAAAAGGCAUGAUGGUGGAAGGAUCGGCAUUUACGCGGAACGAUGUGUUCCAAAUGGCAAUCCGCGUUGCAUUUGUGUCUGCAGUGACUUAUUUCUCUAUAAAAUGGCUUGUGAACCAAAUAGAUCCUACUUCCAAGAGUAGAAAAAAGGCGGAAGAGAGAGCGCGGGAACAGUUACGCAAGUUGUCUUCCAGAGCUGGCCUAGGCGGGAAGCAUUCGGUGGUGCUGGACAAACUGACAGACCAUGAGAUGAUCAUCGCAUCACAGCUGGUUGUGCCCGAGGAGAUUAACGUGAACUGGAAAGACAUUGCAGGUCUAGACCAUUUGAUUAAGGAGCUGCGUGAGACAGUCAUCCUUCCCAUACAGAAGAGGGAGUUGUUUGCAGACAGUCGCCUAACUCAGCCUCCUAAAGGAGUUCUGCUGCAUGGACCACCAGGCUGCGGCAAAACUCUCAUAGCAAAGGCGACUGCAAAAGAGGCUAACAUGAGUUUCAUUAAUUUGGAUGUGUCAUUAUUGACUGACAAGUGGUAUGGAGAGACACAGAAGCUAGCGGCAGCUGUGUUCAGUCUUGCUGUCAAGUUGCAGCCAUGUAUUGUGUUUAUAGACGAAAUAGAGUCAUUCCUCCGCACGCGCACACAACACGACCACGAGGCCACGGCGAUGAUGAAGACGCAGUUCAUGUCGCUGUGGGACGGGCUCAUCACCGACCCCACGUGCACGGUCAUCAUCAUGGGCGCCACCAACCGGCCGCAGGACCUGGACAAAGCCAUCCAGCGCCGCAUGCCUGCAACCUUCCACGUGCCCAUGCCGAGCGAGGCGCAGCGGGAGAGGAUACUCCAACUCAUCCUGCAAUCCGAACCCACGGCACCUGACAUCGAGUACAAACGCCUAGCGGCCGCAACGGAGGGCUUCUCCGGGUCGGACCUUCACGAGCUGUGCCGCCAGGCCGCAGUGUACCGCGUCAGGGAUCUGGCCAGGGAUGAGCUGGCGAGAGAAGCUGAGACGAAAGAAUGCAAAUCCAGCACAUCGGAUUCCGACGAGGAGUACGUGGACGCCGUUCGACCAAUCACAAUGGAGGACCUGCGACUGGCGCUCAGCAAACUAAAGGAGUCCAAGAUACAGUGUGGCUCGCUCGCGCCCUCUAUGCGGAUAGAACUCGACUAGGCGAACCUCGUAGUCGAAUAUACAUCCGAACUGUCGACUUGAGUUUAAGAGUAGUCUUUUUAAUGGGAUAAAACUGGCAGCAGGACUAAACCAAAUUGUUGUGAGGCUUUGGUCUGCCGUUGAUGCUGGGAAGUCAGUUACUGUGCACAAAAACAGACCAGAGCUUACUGAGAUGACUGUAUAUGAGUUAAAAAAAAAAUCGUGUGUACUUACACACGCGUUAGAAGUUAUACUUCUUUGGCGCAACAGGAUAAAAAUCUAUUCGAAAAUUUUAUCUUACGCCUUAUCCUACGUUGGUAGAAAA